CAGGGAGCGGGCACAAAUGCUUUGCUGUGAAAUGCCACGCAGGCAGAGAGUGACAGGCAGUCAGUAAGAGCUGAGCUAUUCCCCCUUGGACGGCUGUUUCCUGCUAGGUUCAGAAGAGAGGGGCCUUGCUCCUGUUGCUGCUGCUACUACUGUUGCUGCUGCUGCUACCUCAACUCUCUCCACUCCAGGUAAGCAGAGGGCAAGCUGGUAAGGCAAGCCUUUGUACGAUGAACAAGAUCCGAAAGUUUUUCCGAGGAAGUGGGCGAGUCUUGGCAUUUAUAUUUGUAGCUUCUGUCAUCUGGCUGCUCUUUGACAUGGCAGCUCUCCGCCUCUCAUUCAGUGAGAUCCACACAGGGAUACUCAAAGAAGAUAUCAUGAGGAGGGAACAGACAGGGUUCAAAGUUGAGCCAGAUCAAAUGCAGAUGCUUUACACCAGCAUCAGAGGGAUGAGGCUGCCCCGGAAUGGAGUGUGGGGCAAGGAGAACUUUAGAAAGACUGAGAACUAUGUACUCAAGGUUGAAGAGAAUAUGGACCAAGUCCAGAGGAAAGGAAAAAUGCAGGUCCUCCUGGGAAGGGGGAAGGCUGUGCCUUUGUGGCAUCAUGCACAUCUGCAAACACUACCAGUGACGCUUCCCAUGCAGAAGACCCAGGGGAGAGACAGCAAGCAUGAAGUCUCCUCCCAGCACAAGAUGUCCAAGCAGACAACAGUGUUAGGGUCUGAGAAGACCCCAUCAAGAGGAGUUCCACUGAACAAAAUAGCAGGACAUACAGAAGCCUUCAAUAAGAAACAAGAGGCCCCAAAGAAUUAUAAUCUCGGCAGUAAUACAUCAAAGCAAAAAUCUGAAAGGGCCCUGAAUGUGACCAUUAGUGUCAGGACUAACAGAUCAAGGCAGCAAUCACAGACGGUAGCAAAAUUGGGGAUGCAUUUUGCCAGCCCAACAAUCCUGAAUUCUGAGGAAGUCACAGUCAUAGAGAAAACUGAGGCUCAGAACAAAGACCUAAAACAUGAAGUCCACAAAGUGCUACCUCUUCUUAAGUUCAUUGCUGAUAUGGGUCAUUUAAAGAACCAGUCUACAAAUGAGACACAAUUGAGAGGAUUGCCAGACGAUAAUGCAGCCAAAGUGGUGCCAGGGAAGAAACUUAAUUUCUCCGAAAGUCAUAUUGUGAUUAUAACUAAAGAGGAAGACCCAAAGACAGACACCAAAGAGGUAACUAAUUCUAAAACCCAAACUGAAUUUCCUAAAUUACUGGGUGGAAGCCAAGGUAAACAUAUCCCCAGGAAUCAAAGCAUGACCUCAUCUUCUCCACUAGCUCUAAAGAGAACAGUAUCUCAAUCCAAGCCCACCAUAACUGCAGGCCUCCAUACAGAAAGAAGCAACUUGACUGUCAAAGCCCCAACUGUAGGACACCAGCAAAGCCGGGCAAAUAUCUCUGAAAACCCUGGAAGGCACCACGUAUUCAGAAUCGAUGCGACCCUUUCUCCAAGGGAUCUCGAUGCUCCCGGUCAGUUUGGGCGCCCUGUGGUUGUUCCCCCUGGAAAGAAGAAAGAGGCUGAACAGAGAUGGAAAGAAGGAAACUUCAAUGUCUACCUUAGUGACUUGAUUCCAGUGGACAGAGCCAUUGAAGACACAAGGCCUGCUGGGUGUGCAGAGCAACUAGUUCACAAUGACCUCCCAACAACCAGCAUCAUCAUGUGCUUUGUGGAUGAGGUGUGGUCCGCUCUCCUGAGGUCUGUGCACAGCGUCCUCAACCGCUCUCCUCCACACCUCAUCAAGGAGAUUCUGCUGGUGGAUGACUUCAGCACCAAAGACUACCUAAAAGCUAAUUUGGAUAAAUACAUGUCUCAGUUUCCAAAAGUUCGGAUUCUUCGCCUCAAGGAGAGGCAUGGCUUGAUCAGAGCAAGGCUGGCUGGAGCACAGAAUGCAACAGGUGAUGUGCUGACAUUCCUAGACUCUCAUGUGGAGUGUAAUGUGGGCUGGCUGGAGCCCCUUCUGGAAAGAGUUUAUUUAAGUAGAAGGAAAGUGGCCUGUCCAGUAAUUGAAGUGAUCAAUGACAAGGACAUGAGUUACAUGACUGUGGACAACUUCCAAAGAGGUGUCUUUACCUGGCCCAUGAACUUUGGCUGGAAAACAAUCCCUCCAGAUGUUGUUGCAAAAAACAGAAUUAAAGAAACUGACAUAAUAAGGUGCCCAGUCAUGGCAGGUGGAUUAUUUUCCAUUGACAAAAGUUAUUUUUAUGAGCUUGGAACUUAUGACCCUGGCCUUGAUGUUUGGGGUGGAGAAAAUAUGGAGCUCUCAUUCAAGGUCUGGAUGUGUGGUGGUGAAAUUGAGAUCAUCCCCUGUUCCAGAGUGGGCCACAUAUUCAGAAACGACAAUCCAUAUUCUUUCCCCAAAGACCGUAUGAAGACGGUGGAAAGGAAUCUGGUGCGGGUUGCUGAGGUCUGGCUUGAUGAGUACAAGGAACUCUUCUAUGGCCAUGGGGAUCACCUCAUAGACCAAAGGCUGGAUGUGGGCAACCUUACCCAGCAAAGGGAGUUGCGGAAGAAGCUGAAAUGCAAAAGUUUCAAGUGGUACUUGGACAAUGUCUUUCCGGACUUGAAGGCGCCUGUUGUGAGAGCUAGUGGUGUGCUUAUUAACAUGGCCUUGGGCAAGUGCGUUUCCAUUGAAAAUACCACGGCCUUCCUCAAGGACUGUGAUGGGAGCAGCCAGCUUCAACAAUUUAAUUAUACCUGGGUAAGACUUAUUAAGCAUGGAGAGUGGUGUGUGGCACCCGUCCCUGAUAAAGGAUCCCUGACACUGUACCCUUGUGAUAACAGAAGCAAUAGGCUUAAAUGGCUGCACAAAUCAGCAUCCGCCUUUCAUCCAGAACUGGUGGAUCACAUUGUUUUUGAAAACUAUCAGCAGUUAUUAUGUAUGGAAGGGAAUCUCUCUCAGAAGACCCUGAAACUGGCUGCUUGUAAUCCAGUGGACCAACAACAAAAGUGGAAAUUUGAAAAAUACUACGAAGUCUAAAGAGAAAUAUUUUAUCUAGUUAAGACAUUAGAAUCUAUGAAAAUGACAC